GAUGAAAGCUAAAUUAAAUAGGGAGGAUUAUUAAUUUCGAAAGAAAACAGGGUAAGAAUUGAUUAAAUAUCCUGGAUAAUUAAAUGGAUUAGACUUUGUAAUCUCCAAUUGUGAAGAGUGUACUAUAUACAUUUGUGAUCAUGCUGCAUAAAUUUUUGUGGAUUUGAGUAAGAAUUGUAAAAUCUACAUUGGACCAGUUGAAGGAUCUAUAUUUGUUAGAAAAUGUGAAAAUAUUGAAAUAAGUGCAGCAUCUAGUUAAUUUAGAGUCUCAAAUUCAAAUAAGUACUUAAUCAUUAAUAUAUAUUAUUUAGCAUCUAAUGUUUUGUCUACACUUCAAGUGAUCCAGCACUUGAAAAAUCAACAGGCAUUACAUUUGCUCCAUAUAAUUUUGCUUAUCCAGGCAUUAAAGAUGAUUUUGAAAAAGCCAAGUUAGAUCCUGCAAAUAAUAAAUGGAGUGAAGUUUUUGAUUUCACUCCUAAUGCUGAAAUUAGUAAUUGGACUCUCCUACAUCCUUCUUAAUUUAAUUUAGUAAGUAAAUCAAUUGAAGGUCUUGAAGACCCUGGAUAAUGUCCAGUUCCUAUUUCUACUACUUAUGGUGGAUCAUGCACUAAGAAAAUCAUUUUAGGAAGUGCAGAUUAGAAAGUCAGUGGAUUAGAAUUAGACUUUUUAAUGGGUAAGGAGAAUGUUAAGAAUUUAUAAUAAUUAUCUGAUGAAAAUAGAGUUUAUUUGGAGACUUAACUCAAGUCAACUAAUUAGAAUUAAUCUUAAGGAUAAUAAAAUUUAAUUUAAGGUAAUUAUGAAGAGUUCAUAUUUGAUUAAGAAAGUGUUAAAAGUACAGAACCUUAAAUCAAUAUGUAAAGUUAGACUACAUUUAAUGCAUUUGAUGAUAUAAUUACUGAAAAUUAAGUCAAUAAACAAAAUGCAUAUAUAAAUUAGUAAAUGCAAAAAGAUGUAUAUGAAUUUUAUAAAUUUAAUUUAGGAAAUUGAAAGAAAACAAAAAGAAUAGAAAAGAAAAUAAGCUUAAGAAUAUUUAAAAAAGUUUAUGAGGUAACAUAAGUAAAUUAAUGUGAUUAUAGUGAUUUUGCAGAAGUAGCAAACUAAAGAAAAAUAUAGAAUAGAGCUAUUGUCAAAGAAAAGGUUUAAUAGGAAUAAGGAUGGAAGACAGUAGUUACAAACAUAGAUUUAAAAGAUAAUGGAGGAGAGAAAGAUGUCAGUAAAAUGGCUUAGGCAAUUAAAAAUAAAUUAAUGGAUGGAUUAAAAAAAUGAUAU